GAGAUAAUACAUUUUUGGCUGGAAACGCAUCUCAAGAAUAAUUAGGCCAUCUGGUCAACUUUCGCGCAUUUAGAAAACACACGAGGGUCAGGAACCAUUUAAAAAUGGCCGAAGAAAGAAAACUAAAAGCGCCACUAUGGUGUUCGAGCAGACUCGCGCUCACUCUUGUCGGUUUCUUUGGGUUUAUCAACCUGUAUGCCUUACGGGUGGACAUGAGUGUCGCUAUUGUAUGUAUGACCAAACAGGAAACCGGAAACAGUACUGGAAGUUGCAACGUAACAGCAGGGGCAAGCCUUGGGAUGAAUAAUUCACAAGAAUCAGAUGCCACGUGUGGAGCUGUGCAGAGCAGCGGCACAUUUGACUGGGACAAGAAGACACAAGGUCUUAUACUUGGAUCAUUUUUCUGGGGGUAUAUUGUGACGCAACUUCCGGGUGGAUGGAUAGCGGGAAGAUAUGGCGGGAAACACGUGUUCGGAUGGAGUAUGCUCGGAUGUGCGGUGGCUACGCUGCUGACACCUCUCGCUGCAAGGACAAGUUUGAUACUGUUGAUAAUUCUGCGUGUUAUUGCCGGACUGUGCCAGGGUGUGGUGUGGCCAUGCAUGUCGAUACUGUUUUCAUAUUGGGCGCCGCCGUUGGAAAGGAGCAAGCUGAGUGGCUUUGUUUAUGCAGGUUGUCAGGUCGGUGUGUUGGUGACAUUUCCGCUGUCCGGACUCCUGUGUGUGUACGGAUUUGAUGGUGGCUGGCCAAGUAUAUUCUAUCUUCUAGGUGGAUGCGGCGUGCUUUGGUUUGUGGUGUGGAUAUUUAUUGUGCAUGACUCGCCAGUGACGCACCCGAGAAUAUCACAAGUGGAGAGGGAAUACAUAGUGGACAGUCUAAAAAGUCACAUCGAUGUCAGUAAAAAGUCCACGGACACACCUUGGCUGAAGAUAUUUACAUCACUUCCGGUCUGGGCAAUUAUUGUGACACAUGCGUGCGCAAAUUGGGGAACAUACACCUUCUUGACCAAUAUACCAACCUACAUGAAAGACGUGUUGAAGUUUGACAUCAAAAAGGCUGGAUUUCUAUCUGCUCUUCCGUACAUAGGUUUCUGGGCAAUGACGAACAUUUCUGGACAGCUCGCUGAUUGGAUGAGGUCAAAGGGGUUUGUAACUACAACGACCGCCAGGAAACUUUUCAACAGCUUAGGUACCCUAGUACCAGGACUAUUUGUCGUCAUCACAGGGCACCUUGAUGGACAUCCGGGUAUCGCAGUUGCUACGAUGACAAUUGGUGUUGCUAUGUCGGGAUGCCAAUACGGAAGUGGCUUUAUCGUCAACCCUGUCGACAUAGCACCAAGAUAUGCGGGUAUCAUCUUCGGAAUCUCAAAUACGACCGGGACGCUAGGGGGCGUCCUUGCACCUGUAGUUAUCGGCAUUAUCACUCAGGAUAAAACUAGUGAGCAAUGGCAAACAGUAUUUUAUAUCGCAGCAGUAAUUUACACUGUUGGGGCAGUAUUCUAUAUUGUAUUCGGUUCCGGCGAAGUACAGCCAUGGGCACUUGAGAAGAAAGUGGACCUAGCGAUAUCAGCGUCAGUGGAAAAAGGCGAGAUCCAACUUCAACCCGAACAGAGCGAGACGUCAGCCGUGUGAUCGUGUUCGUAUUCUAGUAUAUGUAUUUAGUAAUUAGAUUAGUGUUAAGAAAUUUCACCAUGUAGAUGUUUUCAUCUGAAGAUUUUCUGUAUAUAUUUUCACAAAAUACUUUUUUUUUCGAUUUUCCCAGUGUUCAUGAUUAAACGCUUAAUUUGAAAUCAGUGUUUCUUAGUUUGAUGUUGCCAUCGGUUUAACAAAAAGUCUUAGAAUUUCAUUUGUUUUGCAAAUUUCUUUGUUGAUAAGAUAUGAUAUUUAGGAUGGUCAGCACUUAAAGACUUAAAAUAUGUUUGUACAUUAUUUGGGUACUGUACAAACAUAUUUUAAAGUAAUUAUCUUUCUGUAAUGGAGUUGUAAUAGAUCUAAAUGCUUUGUGCAAGCAUGAACGUUUUUGACAUAUAUUACAUAUAUUAAUAGAGAAACAGCAGUUGUUUACCAAAAGGAAACGAUGAGUACAGAAUAUGUAUAGAAUAAUGUCAGUGUCAGGCAUCUCCGCUUGUUGCUGAUGUUUUUAUGCAUAAUUUUCAUAGCUUAUAGAUUUUGCAGCCGGGUUGACUGAACGUUUUGGAGCUUGGAAAAUCACGAAAAAAUGAAAAAGUUUGUUUCCCGCAAGUACUCGGCUUUCCUCAUUUCUGAAAAUCGGCGCAAUAUUUUUAAAUAUAAUGGUUAUUAGAACUUGAAAUACGUCAUUAUAUAGGCAUUUAAAAAAAAAACCAAAAGAGGUCAGAGCUUACGUUCGUAAAUUUUCAAAUUACCGCUGAGAUUUAGCUCCAGAAUAUUUCAUUCAACCAGUGCAUAGGUAUUUUGUAAUUGUACAGUACUUUUUUGUUAGUGUUAUAUCUGUCUUUUGUAUGUUACAGGGAUAGUUGUACAGUCAAAUGCGUUUGUUUUGUAAGCAGUGCUUGCAUUGCGAAUGGUUUUGACAGCUCUCAAUUCGUAAAUAAUAAUUUCAAUCAAAUCUGGUAUAUUUCAGAAUUUUCUACACAGUACUUGAACUCUUAUAUUUAAACAAGAACAUUUAUAUUUGGUACUGGAAUUUAUGUUUACAUUCUACGUUUUGCCAUAUUCUCCCUAAGUGAAAUAUGAUGUCCAGUGCCCACAUACAUCCUUAUUUCUCUGACCGUUUUAAGUUCUUACUUUGUAAUUGAAGAGAGAAAUGAAAUUAAACUGAUUUGUACAUGGU